AUGCCGCUGCCAGCUUCCCCGGCUGUCUCGAGAGCCUGUGGGGUCUCUGAGGCCUCCCCAGCUGCUGCCGCCUCCGCCGCCGCCGCCGCUGCUGCUGCUGCUGCUGCUGCUGCUGCUGCUGCUGCUGCUGCUGCUGCUGCUGAGCCGCAGCAAAAAGAACUGCUGCCCACAGCUCUUGACCCAAACCGGCGGCUGCACUUCAUAGAAAUCGCCAACAAGGGCCUCGAGGCUGUCUUCGUGGGGUCUGGGGAGCACACCGACUUGGGGGCCGUGCAGGCAAACCACCCGCUGCCGCAGCUGCCGCUGCUGUCUUACUUCGAAGUCAGCAUUUUAGAAGCUGCUGCUUUUCGCUCUUCCGUUUGUGUGGGACUCGCCACGCAGUCCGCGCUGCUGAACAAACCCCCGGGCGUAGAGCCCAGAUCAGUUGGCUACCGCGGCGAAGACGGCCGCAGGCACUUCCGCCGCGGCAGGCCCUUGGGGGCCCCCCUGGGGGCCCCCCAGGGGGCCCCCCCCUCGGGGGGCCCCCAGAGCGGGGGCCCCCCAGCCUCUGGGGGUAUGGGCCAGGCUGUGGGGGGCCCCCAGGGCUCAGGGGGCU